UUUUGUCUAUGUACGUGUAGAGGACAAGCCUUAUUGAUAAGUCCUCUUUUAAAUGGAAAAAUAUAACAAACAAUUUAAUAAAGGUAUAGAAAAAACUUUGGGACCAAAUUACUCAUUAAUUGUCGACCUUGCUAAAGACCGACUCCCUGUGGUAAUGGGUUGGUUCUCCAGCGUGAGGAAUUCAGGAUGACUUUUCCGUUAAUUUUCAUGGAUAAAUUUUGUCACUGAUUGUGUUAUUUGUGUACGUCUUACACCUGAAAAGGGCCAUUAUGAAUACUGAAUGAGAUGAACAAAGAACAUCAAACAGUUAGCUGAUACCAGGAGAUUGUCACAGUGUACACCUACGAAUAUCUUCCGCAGCACACACCUGCGUGAUUUAUCCAUAAUGGCGUACCUGGGAUAUAGUGAGGAUUUUGAACUAGAUGAUGAUGGGAUUCUGAGAGACUCAAUGUCAUCUGGAGGUGGGAUUUUGAUCGAUGAUGAUGGAAUCAUAAGAGACAGUUUUGACACACAGAGUAAAUACACAGCAGGGUCAUCAGGGACACAUUGGACGGACUCGGGGCUCGAGCGAGACAAACAGAGUGCAGGAAGUAGCUCGACUCUCAGACACUCUGACCUUCACUCAUUCCCGAGCUACGAUGAUGUGUCACAUCCUCUCGGAGAAAAUGCUAACAUCAGUGAUUUAGAGGCCUCCAAAGAUGAGCUGAGUUUUGACCGAGACUCUAUGGUGGAUGGUGAUGAUUUAGACAACAGUCGACCAUUUCUCAAUCAUUCGAAGUUUGGUGAUCGGAGCUUACAGAGCAGCAAUAGGAGCAGCUUCGAUCAUUCUCUAGCGUUUGAAAACACAGACCCAAAAAGUACAUCAGAAAAGGAUUUAUUUGACCCGGAGUAUUUCAAACAGCUACAGGAGUUAGGUGUGUUAGUGGAUGGUGCAGAAUUUGAGAAUACAAAAAACUCACUAAAUGAGUUUGAGGAGUUAGAGGCGCAUGUGUCGCGGGAUAAUAUCGAAUUGAGUGAUGGUGAGGGAGAUUCGGAGGAGGACAUUGAGGAAUUCUUAAGGAGAACUCCAACACGAGAACAGUUACUAGGGGAUUAUAUGGGACAUCGUCAUGGUGAUCGAUAUCAUGAAGCAAGCAAAGACAGUCAUGAUCAUGAUGAUGUAGCGUCUAGAACUCGCCCGAGUACAGCAAACUCAGGCAGAACUAUUGGAAGCGAACCAUUCCCUGAGAUAUCCCCAGAGGAAGCAUUGCAGCUAUACCAGGAACAGUUGGGAUACAGGGACGAAUUGGAAGACAUUGUAGACAACGACGCAGAGAGCAUAGAAUUUCAGGAAUCCCAGCAGACACCCCAGGAACAAGAUGAUGAUGAAAUCUUCAUCAUAACCAGCCGUAUCUCAGAUCAUCCAAGCCCCGCUAAAAUCAAAGCUUACCAUAAUGAAAAGGAUGCACCUUCUGUGAGUCCAAGGUCACUCACCCCAAAAUCAAACCAGAGCAGUCGGCCAACAAGUCGAGCAAGUGAAGGGGUCAGCAGUCGGGGCCACACGCCAUACAGGGAAAGAGAAGUCUAUAGCCUCAACAGGUCUUUUGAUAACGAUUCUCGGAGAGAUGGUUCAGUGACCCCAGUAUCUGCUAUCAAUACUGACUCAAGGCCAUCCACAAGACAAGGGUCAAGGUCAGGGACACCGAUCCAGCGACCUGAUUCUGCAGCGAGCCAGAGAUCAGCAGCUUCUGAACGGUAUUCACCCCAUUCCAGAUCAAAAAAGAGCUCCUCUAAUCAUCUUGCCAAAUCUCGAUCCCAAGAGAGCUUUUUUGAGGAGAACAAAUCCCCAGUUGUGAGUAGAAAACAGGGAGAAAAAAUGCCAAAACGCUUACUUCCCAAACCAUCAGAAGUCAACACACCUUUAAAGGUGAAAAGUAAAAGCACCACAAACAUAUCCUCAGGAAAAUCAAAACCAAUGAAACCCAAAUAUUCUUCUAUGUCGAUGUCCCUUGUGAAUAUUGACAUUGGGGAGGGGGAUGACCAUAGUGAGGUUGUAAGUGCUUCCUCAGACAAAUCGCGGACAGAAUUGUCUUCAAAACUUCACCAGGAAUUUAACAAACGGAAACAAGCUACUGAACUUGUCCAACAACUUCAAAUGGACUAUGACAAGCUGUUGUCUAAGUAUGCACAAGCUGAGCUAACCAUUGACCAGCUCAGACUGGGAGCUAAUGUUACCCUACACACCAACUCUCCCACCCCCUUACAGGCCAGCCAGGGGCUUCUCCCCUCCCCCCAGCAACCCCAGACCAUCCAAAUGGGACAGAUUGGACGGGGAGUGAAGUCUCCCUCUCCAUUCCAGGGAUCCUUGGGUGUGGCCAGUCCCAUCACUCUUACAGAAAGUGCAGCGAUCAAUUCUUACUCCGAGCAACCAGAUGGCAGGAAAAAUUCCAUCAGGGGGCAUUCACCAAUGCUCAGCUCAGGCCACUCACAGGCAGACGGACGAGGGGACAUUUCUCUGGAUCACGGAGCAGAAAGUGUCAGGGUGGGGCUAAGCUUCCAGACAAGAAGUCUCAAUGAACAGAUGGAUUCCUUCCAAGCUCUGUUGGAAACAGGGGAGGGAAUGACACACGAAGAACAGGAAAAAGUCUUCGAUCAGAUCCGGAAUGAUCAUGAGAAAUUGAGGAAGGACUACCUACAAGUAAAGGAGGACUACAACACACGGAAAAGAACUACUGCCACGGGGGACACCAAUUUUGACGAGGACAAGGAAUUGGAAGGGGAAUUGUUUCGACUGGGGAUGAAAUUUGAUGACAUUCAUCAGAGAGUGGAAGAGAACCGCAAAGAGAAGCACUCUCAGAGACAGCCAUUUCAAACAAAUCGUCGACAAUCAGAUAGUGAUGCUUUAACAUCAGGCAUGAGUGACCAGGAGGUCAGGUCUGUUGACCACAUGAAACGGAAAAUAAAAGGUGUGAAGGCUGGAAAUGACUUGAUACAUCCAAAGCCCAACAGAAAAUUUGAGCAGAAAAUUGAGAAGCUGCAUGUAGAAUACAACGCAUUGAUGGAUCGCUACAGGCGACUAAGGCAGAUGGCUCAGACUCCGGAGAGGGACCGCGAGAUUGAUAAUCUUGUCAGGAAGUUAUAUGAAAUUUGUCAGCAAGAACCAGACCUCUUCAAAAUGCCACAGGAACUUGAAGAUAGGUGGCAGCAGCUGGAGCGGGGAGAUAAUGAUGAGGACUCGGUGUUCAGUAGCAGCAGACAUUCGCUGAAUUCUCAGGGCAGUCGACGGCCGAGCAAGGAUGACUCAGGCCAUGGGUCAUAUGCCCGGACUGAGGACAAGCAGUUCACCAGGGAUCCACAAUCAUCUGACCACACAGCAGGAAGCUCUCAGUCACUUCACACCUCUGACCUUGACCCACAUUCUGAAUCGCUGGGUCAGAGGCGUAAUUCCAGUAUAUCAGGGAGCCAGAGCAGCUUAUCCUCCCGAGGAAGGUCCCCCAGGGACUCCACAUUCGACAGAGAUUCACCCACCCCCAGGCUGCCCCGGCCCCGGCGGCAUGACCACAGGGAGCCAAGAUCUGGGAACCUGAAGAAGCGCUAUUUCAAGCUGAUGUCGGAAUCGGGCGAGAGACCAGAAGCCGGGAGUUUUAGCAGUCUGCAGGACAGUGGAAUAUCAGACCAAGAGGGGGCGCACACCAAGGAGAGGGGGGCCUCAGGAGGUGGACCACUGUCUAGUCUUCCCGGCCCGGGGACGUUCAAACAGAUGACCAAACAACGCCAUGCUGGAGAUGCUGAUAGUGGGUUCAUAGGGUCAAUGGUAGGGUCAGAGGUCAGUGGUCAGCCAUCAGCCCGACAACAGCAACAGCAGACGUUGCGGCUACGCCAGUCGGACAGUGGGAGUGAAAGACCAAGGUCUCGAUCUUCAAGAUCAUCUCGAGCUGAUGACUCAAUGUCUGUGGCGAGUUCCAGGAGUGGGCGAAAACAAGAGCGGCCCUCAUCUCACGAGUCCGUUCGGUCCGGUCGUAAAAGUAACAACCAGUCCCAGGACUACACAGAUGACAGUUACACCCUCACGGAGAGUGAGAUGAGCUUUGAUAUUCCUGAGACUCGUCCGAGGCGAUCAAGUCGAGAUGUGAGAAGUGGAAGACGAAGUGUGGAUCUCCCAAUCAAGGAGGAAGAGGAGGAGGAUUUUGAGGAAUCUGAUACGCUAUCGGACAAUGGGGAUGAGAGUAUUGAUGAGUUGAGACAAACAAUUCGUGUUGGCUCUGCUCUGCUAGCUAAUCUAAUUGAGAGACCAAAGUCAACUCAGAGUCAUGGAUCCAGGAGAAGUCAAAGAAUCCAACAGACACAAGUCAAAACUCCACAAAAGCCGACCAAAAACAAUGUGUCAUUUUCUGAAUUCUCUGAUGAAGAGCUCACUCCUCGUGCCAAUCAGAGUCUCAACAGGAGUGAGGACAUUGUGUCUUCUGAAGAGGACACGCCCCGUGAACAACAGAUCCGACCAGAGGAAAGGGUGGAGACCCAGAGGGCCACUGUCUCCCGCCAUGAGGAGAAGGUUCGUCCCCCAACACCUGGUUCCAAGAAGGAACCCCCACGACCCCCAACCCCCAAAAUAGUGACUCCAAGGUCAGACAGAUCUGGAGCCUCCAGUCGGAGGAACCAGAUACCUCCGUUAGAGAUUCUGAGGUCCCGUGAGGAGUUGCGCCGGCCGACGGUGGAGACCCGUGGAGUGGGAUCCGACAGUGAUGACACGGUGAAGGACUCAGUGGCAACAGCUGCCACUAAGGGAUCGGAGAGCAGUGAAAAAUUUAAGCUGCUACAGGAAGAGAUUGGCAGACUGAGGGAGGAAUUCCAGAAAGCUGCCUCUCAGAAUCGCCAUUCCCCACCUCAGGAACCCCCGCCCCCUCAGCCGGCUCCAGCCAGAGACGACAAUCGUGACCGAUAUUUUGACCCCACAGAGGAUCCUUAUGCAUUCAUGAUGGGACCUCGACGUAGAGCGAACUCCUUCUCGGGGGCUGGGGCUCGUGACUGGAAUGAUUGGUGGAAAUAUCCCCCCAAUCAGCAUCAGGAUGAUAUUCCCCUUGGAUACGCUGCUGCGGAUUCAUUUAAUCCGACCAGACAAGUACCAGUACCAGUGUUAUCUGAACCUCCUCGUUCACGAGAGAAGAAACGAAUUAAACGUAAAUAUAGGAACCGUGCCGCUGCAACAGAUAUGCAGGACGAAUAUGAUUCUGAUCAGUCACCCUCUCGUGUGACAGCUUCAACAGCAACCGAUGAACAAUUAUAUAGUUACUACUUACCUCGUUAUCAAACAGCAGGAAAUCAGACCUAUCAGCAACCGGUUAGAAUGCAGCGGUAUGCCUCUCAGCCCAACUUACUGCAGAACGCCACGUUUCAGGCUGCUCCACAGCCCCAACAUCCUCCACCGCAACAUCCACCCCCACCCCCACCCCAAUACCCCAGUGUGCCAACCACUUCCUAUGCUGCCCCAAUAUCAGCCGGAUAUUCCAGAUUGCGGACCUCCCCAAGGGCCAGACCCAUGCAACAUGUGUAUCGGGCACCACAUUAUUCUUUUGAUGACUUAGACUCUAGGGGACAGCAGCCAAUCGGAUACCUUGUAACAUCUCAGCCUCCACCCUCUCAGCAUGUGGCACCCCCUCAGCAUGUGGCACCCCCUCAGCAUGUGGCACCCCCUGUGCUUCUAGAACAGACUGCUGCAUGUCCUAUGUGUGGUGGAAGUGGUGUUCAUUCUCAUGGAGAAUAUGUGUAUGAAGCACCACCUAAUGAUCAGUCCGUGGCUUAUGUGAUUCAGAGUCCACCAAGGGGCAGACCCAGGAGAAGAUCUAAGUCGGCCUCCCGGGUUCGUCAUUAUUCCCCCGAUGGCAGAAACAGAUCUCGCUAUCUCGUGAGAGAGUAUUACAGUGAUGAAAGUUCCAGUGCUGGGUCCGAGGAUGACAUUGUAUACAGGAGGAGGAGUAGAAGUGUGGGGCGAAGAUCAAGGUUACGGACAAGACAAAUGCGAAAGUACAAAAAGUCUCGAGAAUAUGAGGAUGAACUAGAGAUGUCCUUAAACCUUACAGAGGAAAUUGAUGAACUAACUCAGAAAAUGAUAGGCACUGUGAAGGGCGAGCUGUCUCUCUCGCGCAGAAAAGAUUUCGGAUCGUCUUACUGGUGAAUAAGAGAAAGCAGUCAGACUGAGAAAUUUAUGAACAAUUACUAAUCAAAGUUUGAUUCAGUGAUACUCUUACAAAUAGAAUGUGCUUGAAAAGUAUGUGGAAUUUACACAAUUUUUUCCAAAUUGUGUUCAGGAAAUUUGCCAUUCAGAAUCACAUAGACAUUGUUCGAUCAGUGCUGAUAUAGAUAUAUCUUGCCAAACCUGUUUGAAGAAAUUCCAGAAUAAUAUCUGUGAAGGGAGUUCCUGUAAAUCAUUGAACUUGUAUGUUAAUGAUGGAGGGGGAGGGGUUCAAUAGCAGCAGAUCAUCCCCUAACAUUAUGUAGACUGAGGAUGUACUUAACCUGAAAUGGUGAUUACGAUUUUUACACAAUUUUUGUAUUUACUGAAAUCAAAUUUAAAUGUGAUAUUAUACAACUUCCUACAUUAUUUAUUGUAUGUCAGAGGCUUAUUUAUUUUGUACAAAAUAUUUAUCUCUCGUUUGAGAGGGGAAGAGAAAUGAAACUCAAGAGGUGUUACAAUAUUUUAGACAGUUUCUUCUUGAGAGUUACUUUUGUACUUUUUAUCUCUGUACUUAAUGUCAGUGCUUAGUAGAUUGUCCACAUUUUACAAACAGUCUUGUAUAGUUUAUAUAUAACCAAUAAUUCUAAUUGUCAUGUAUUACAGUACUCCGUCCAUUUUUAUGAAUUUCCUUUUUAUGUCUGUGAUUUCUAAUUUUACAUAUUUAUGUUUAUUUUCCCCAGAUCUGAUAUAUUUAUAUUUUUGAUAUAAAAUCAGAAUUUGCAAUUUAUUAGAAGUUUAGAAACUGCCACUUAGUAAUUACUGAACCUGUACAGAAGCCAGGCACUUUAAGCUUGGUGAGUGGCAUCAUCUGUGGUUCUGUAUAGUAGGAAGAUGGUUGUCUGGUUUAACACACUCUUCCUUCAUCCAUUGUAGCUGUGGAUUAAAUAAAUCUGUAAACUGUCUGUGAUAAUUUAUGAUGUUUGCCCUAUUUUUGUAUGUUUUUAUAUAUAUAUAUACAUGUACUGGACGAUGGAAAUUACUUGCAUUUAUUCCAUGUCAUUUUGUCAUUUCUUCAGACAAAGAUCACAAAAUAAACUGUAGAAAAUCUCAA